AAUAUUUUGCACGUAAAUGUCAAAACACUAAAAAAAUGUUAUCGCUAGUAUAAAUGGAUACAAUAUUAGCAAAGUUUGUAACUGGGUCGUAAUAGGUCACCCGUAAAAUGUAAAAUUUAAAUUUGAGACGUAAAGAAAGUUUUCCCCGUUAAGUAUGCGGAUAUAAAUACACAUUUGACCCGUUGUCCCUUAUUCCUAAAAUAUGGGGCAAACUAUAGUAAACCAAACAGGGCCUUAUUGCUAUAUAUUGACGAAAUCCAAUGCAACUUUGACUCGACUUUACUCUUUAAUAUGGAAAUGCGGUAUCUAUCUCGUGAUUCUUGAACGAAGUCCCCCGACGUUAAUCUUUAAAUGGAUAACUCCAAAACCCAUACGCUACACAUACACGAGCACCAAGGUAAGGAAAUAUGGGAAUAGUGGAAGAAGCACAUAACGUCAAGGUGCUUGGUUCAGGCGAGGAAGUUAUAGUCCUAGCUCAUGGCUUUGGCACCGAUCAAUCUGUCUGGAAGUUCUUAGUGCCACAUCUUCUUGAUGAUUAUGUAGUGGUUUUAUACGAUAAUAUGGGUGCUGGUACUACUAAUCCCGACUAUUUUGAUUUUGAAAGAUACUCAAUUAUUGAAGGUUUCGUUUAUGAUUUGCUUGCUAUAUUAGAAGAAUUACAAAUCAAAUCAUGUAUUUUUGUUGGCCACUCCUUUUCUGGUAUGGUUGGCGCCAUUGCCUCUGUUUCUCGCCCUGAUCUUUUCUCUAAACUCAUCCUCCUCUCCGCCACUCCAAGGCUACUGAAUGAUGAGGAUUACUACGGAGGGUUUGAGCAAGAAGACAUAGAACAAAUCUUUGAAGGAGUGAAGUCCAAUUACAAAGCAUGGUGUUCAGGAUUUGCACCAAUGGUGGUAGGUGGCGACAUGGAAUCUGUGGCCGUGCAAGAAUUUUCAAGAACUCUAUUCAACAUGAGACCCGAUAUAGCUUUGAGUUUAGCCCAAGUUAUAUUCUUGACAGAUAUGAGACAUGUUUUGCCUUCUGUCACUGUCCCAUGUCAUAUUCUGCAAAGUACGAAAGACAUGGCAGUGCCAAUAGCGGUAUCUGAAUAUCUGCAUCAAAAUUUCGGUGGCCCAUCUAUUGUUGAAUUGAUAUCUACCUGUGGUCACUUGCCGCAACUGAGCUCGCCGGAUAUUGUAAUUCCGGUCAUUGUCAAGCACAUUAGCUACGUUAUCUGAUUAACAAGUGAUGUUGGUUUAAAAAUUGUUGCAUUGCUUCUUCUUUUUUUAACUUCAAUAUCAAACAUACUGCUUCAAUAUCAAAAAUGCCAAAUGUUUCGGGUUGAU